AAGUUUUAAUUUUGAUGUAGCACCAAAAAUCUUCCUCAAAAAAAGUCACUUUUCCCCUCUCUUCCUCUCACUCUUGUCUAGUUGUCUGUGUGAGCUGCAACCAAGACCAAAGACGAGAAAUGAGCACCAACAACAACAACAAGAGCGGCGCCUCUUCAUCUUCAUCCUCAGGUACAUCUUCUAGGGUUUCGAUCCCUAACAAUGUCCGCAAAACCAUUCAACACAUCAAAGAGAUCACCAGUAAUCACAGCGAAGAUGACAUCUAUGCUAUGCUUAAAGACUGUUCAAUGGAUCCUAAUGAAACUACUCAAAGACUCCUACAUCUUGAUACAUUUCAUGAGGUGAAAAGGAAGCGGGAUAAGAGAAAGGAGACAGUGAGGAGCAGAUCAGGUGAUGAGUCGAGAUGGAAGCCUGCUCAUCAAGGGCGAGGGACUAGAAAUGCUCGAGGGAACUCUUUUUCUCAGUAUUCCUCUAAUGAUGCUGGGGGUCAGAGGACUGGUGCCAUUCGUAAGGAGAAUGGAGUAGAAGAGAGUAGAGGGAAAGGUUUCAGGAACUCUUAUGCGCCGAGUUCCAAGGAAACAUAUUCCAUUCAACCGCAUAAUCCGCAGAAGAUGUCAUCCAUUGAUGUGGAUGGGCCAGUAGGGCUGGCUAAUGGUAGCCUCAGUGGUGACCCUGGUGUCCAGUCAUCUAAAGUGGGUGAUGCCUAUCCUUCCAACAAAAUUAUUGACGCUAGUGUAGACAAUGCAAUGAGCAUAGGGCUCAAGGCUAGUUCUGAAUCAUCUGAUAAAGGGCAUGGUACUGCCGAGUUUGUAAGCGACAAUCAUGUGAAUCAGCAUGAUCCUCAAAAUGUGGACAAUUCUCAGGUAUCUUCAUCAACAAGCGAAAGGCAACCGGCUGAACUUGUAGAAGUUGCGCAUCCAAUGCUAUCGAGUGAAUUCCCUGUAGCUGAAAAGAGUCAUGUUUCUGACAGUGGUAUAGUUGUCAAGCCUUUCUCACAACCAGGUGUGAAGGAUGUAACCACAAAGCUAGAGAAAUUGAGAUUUUCUGAUGGCCAACAUGUCAUAAUACCACAGCAUAUCCAAGUCCCUGAUGCCGUGAAGAAUGUGUUGAAUUUUGGAAGCCUUGAUGCAAGUUUUGGGGUCAGGGAAAACUGUGACAGGGAAAGCAAUGCGGACUUUAACCCUGUUACAGAUUCAGCUCUCGAGGAAACUGUCAGCAAACUUUCUUCAUGUGAUCAAGAUGUAGCUUCUACUGCACCACAGGCAAACCAUGCAGAUCAUCCACAAUCUCCAUCUCAUUUACCUGGCAGGAAUUUACCUAUUGAUACAGAAGUUAUUUCUUCUGCUACAAAUCCAAAAGACGAUGAGCCGAAGCAAGAGACUUUGCCAUCUGUAGGUCCUCCAUUUCCUGUCCAGAGUGCUCCAAGCUACAGCUUUGGUUACGUUCCUCCCAUGUUGGCGAAUGUUCUUGUCCAACCUGAAGGGUUUGAGUCCCAAGCUCAUAUUCUAAACUCUCUGGGAGGGAGUUCUUUGGCUACAUCUGCUUCUGCAUCUACCCCUCCUCCAACACAGUCUGGUGCGGGACAGAGCACUGUAGCAAUAUCUCCUCAGCCAAUUCCUCUAUUCCGUCAACCUUACCCUCCUAAUUAUAUACCUUAUAGUCAUUACUUCUCUCCAUUUUAUGUACCUCCUACAAUGCAUCAGUAUUUUGGUCACACUGCAUUUCCCCCACCGCUUCCGACUGGUAAUAUGUAUCUUCCCCCACCUACUGGUCCAGCAGGAAUGAAACUUUCUCCUGCACAUUUUAAGCCAGGAACCAAUGCAGGACACCAGGUGCCUGUAGGGGUGCCAUCUGGGUAUGGGGCAUAUGGUGCUUCUCAGGUUGGCUACAGUCAGAAUGCUGCAGUGACUUCCGGGAAUUCCAGUAGUGGUGAAGAUCUUGGGCCACCUGGUCUGAAAGAGAUAUUCUUAGGACAGCAGAGUGAAGGUUCAGCUGUCUGGUUUCCUGCAGCCGGAGGCCGAGAUACAGCAAGCUUCCCAUUGAACUCUUUCUUAAAUCUUCCUCAACAGGGACACCAUGUACUCAAUCCUCAAUCUGGGCAUGGCGGCUUUGCUGUCUAUCAUACACUGCAACCCAUGGGAGGUCCAGCACCGGGUCUUCCACUGUUGCAGCAGUCUCAACCUGUGGCAGGAUCUGUGGAGUCGGUGGGCCCGCCUUCUAAUUCCUAUCAACAGCCGCAACGCCAACAGCAAAUGAAUUGGAACAUGUAGCUUCGGAUGUAAGAGUUCUAGAAAUGACACAGCAAUACUCGGUACAUGACAUGACUAGAAUGGUCUUUUUGAAGCCUUGUGGAGGGGAGAGUAUACGUCGGCCUGCUCAUAUAGUGUAAAUAUGGAACUACUUGUGGCCAUGAAUUCGAAAGAAAAGAAGAAAAGAUCAGAAAGAUAGGUGAUUUAGGUUUCUUUGUUGAUCCCCCAUUGAUGAUAUGCAACCCUUUUGGAAUAAGGGUACUAGGAGUUGUUAAUGGCUUCCAAUUUUUAACAUUCUAAUUCUUUUUGGAUUGGAGGCUGAUAGAAACUUGAAGAAGUAUGAACAAGUGAAAUCUUUUUGUUCUUUUUUUAAUCAGAAAAUCAAUCUCUCCUGUAAAUUGGAUUUUUGGUGAAACAAGAUGGAUUAUAGAGUUUGUAAUUGGUAGAAAAAACUAAGAAAAACAGUGUUAACUUGUUUUUUUUAGUAAUUCAAUUGUUUCUCUCCUUUGCUA